AUGAAAAUCAGUGUAGUCGCUAACCAAAAGCUUAAUGGAUAUACAACUACUGUCAACAUUCAAGAAACUUUAAACUGUACCCAGCCCACCGCAGACUCUCUCUUAAAUGCCCUGAGAGAAAGUGUCUUCAACAAAACCGAUGCACGGCCUGUGAUAAAUCAGAAGACUCCUACUACGAUUAAUUUGGGGUUUGCUUUGUAUGCCAUUUUAGACGUGAAUUGGCAGGUUGAAGGUUUGAGCUGGGAUCCGGUUGAAUGUGGAACAGAAAGAAUCACGCUGCCGAGAAAAAAACUUUGGCGUCCUGAUCUUAUCAUCAAUGAAUUCAUGGAUGAAAACCGAGUACCAGACACCUAUUAUCUUACUCUAGACAACACUGGCAGAGCAGACGAUUCAUUUCCUUACCACGUGAUCAGCGCUUGUAACCUGGAUAUCUACAACUUUCCAUUUGAUGUUCAGAACUGCACAUACACAUUCAGUUCGUACAAACUCACGAGGAGAGACCUCUUGUUAACAUCAGAGCCGGUGGAAGAUACGUUGGAGAGCUCUUUUCGUAACAUAGAGACUAAAGGAGAGUGGGAACUUAUUGACAUAUUGUCCAGCAGACCGAAAAACACCACAUAUUUUAACUUCGAUGGGUUGGACAGCUGGGAUGAAAUUGCUUACCAUAUUAUCCUGAGACGUCGACCGACUCAGUAUGUGGUGAAUCUGUUGAUCCCCAGUUACUGCUUGAUUACCGUUGAUGUGUUCAGUUUUCUUCUGCCGCCUCAGCAUGUGGAUCGAUCCGCAUUUAAAAUGACCCUGAUCCUGGGAUACACCGUCUUUCUCCUCCUGAUGAAUGAUCUGCUUCCUGUUACAGGAAACACCAUCCCUAUAAUAAAUGUGUUCUUCUCUCUGUGUUUGACAUUGAUGGUUGCUAGUUUGUUGGAAUCAAUUCUCAUCACUAAUUUACUGUGCGGCUCAGCUAACUAUCCACCUUUACCAAACUGGGUCAAGGUCAUUUUCCUGCAUUACCUGGCACGACUUGUUGGUUUGAGCAAGAAAUCUUCAGACCAAAAUUAUGUCACUCAAAUAAGAACUACUGACAUCACUUCCAGUUCACAUGAAAUGAAUGAAAUACGACGUCAAGACCAGAAAUUCCCGGUAAACAUGGAAGAAGAGCUGACAGAACUGAGUGUAAUACAUGAAAAUGUGCUCACCAUUCGCCAGCAUGUUGAUAAGCAUCUCUCUAGUGAUCAAAAGACAAAUGAAUGGAUUCACCUGGGGGAGGUCAUCGAUCGCUUUAUUUUCAUUUUAUAUGUCAUCUUCCUUUCUGUCAGUUUCGGUACCAUAUUAAUCUUUUGGUUGUACUGGUACAGUUUUGGGAAAAAAACUAAAUAGCCUAUGAUUUGCAUAAAUAUAUUUAAUUACAGUUGAAAA